GUAAAAACACUGGCGACGAUGUAAUAUGACACAGGGGGCAACGAGGAAGAGAAAAAUGGGAGACACAAAAGAGACAGCUCCUAAGAAACCUGUGGCAACAUGGCCUUCCAUCAAACCGAAAAAAAAUCUUCAGACUACCCGCUUUCGAGAUUUCGAUCUCUUCACGGUUCCGGGUUUUUUCUCUUCUGCUGAAUCGAAGGCAUUCAUUAAAGCUGCCGAGGCAAUUGGUUUUGCUCAUCAAGGGAGUCUGGGUCCAGCUAAAGGUGAAGCUUACAGGGAUAAUGAUCGAAUCUCAGUGAAUGAUUCUGUCCUUGCAGAUACAAUUUGGGAGUCUGGGCUUGACAAACUAUUUUCUGAUAUAAAAAUUCGAGGAAAGGUUGCUGUAGGUCUGAAUCCAAAUAUUAGACUCUAUAGGUACAAAGUUGGUCAACGUUUUGGAAGGCAUAUUGAUGAAAGUGUUAAUCUUGGAGAUGGAAAACGCACUUAUUACACUUUGCUAGUGUAUUUAAGUGGUGGGCCUGGUGAACUUAAGUCAAAGCCCAAAACUUAUUCCAGCAAACCCUCAGAUUCAUCUUUUGACCCUUUAGUUGGAGGAGAAACAGUCUUUUAUGGUCCAAGAAAUAGCACUGUGGCUGAGGUGGCGCCAACUGAAGGGACCGCACUCCUGCACCUUCAUGGAGAUAAAUGCUUGUUGCAUGAAGCCAGAAAUGUUACCAAAGGUGUCAAGUAUGUGCUUCGUUCAGAUGUAGUAUUUGCUUGAAGAAUGAUUCAUGUCUUCUACCAAACAACCUGGUAUAUCCAUCUCCUGAAGGCUUCCUCUCUUUUAGCUAUCACUUGGAAAACAUUUGUAUUAUCUAUUUAUCUUGACUUUCAGUGUUGAUAAUAUGUUCUGUAUGAAAAUCUAGGCAAAAGAUAAUCCCGUUUUAAAAGUAAACAAAAUAGGGAAGUCAUUUUGAAAAACACAUGUAAUAGGGAAAAUCGGGUUGAUUAAACUGGCAGCCUGCUCAGAACAUUAUGAGUAUCUGUAUCUUUUCCCCAAAAUUAAGAAAUUAUUUUUGGACACUUGGAGUUAAAUUUCAUAGGAAGGUGUUGCU